AAAAUCGUAUGUACGUUGUUCUAGAACAAUUAUUAGACAAAGUAUUGGAUAAUAAACGACGUUUCAACUUUCUGUUUCAAUUCUACCGCAACAAUUUAGCAAAGGAUUGCAGUAUUGAAAUUAACUCUCAAAAAUGAAACGAAAAGCUCUGAUGCUGUGCCUUUUUAGCAUAAUGUCCUCUUCUCUGAGUAAUGUUUUGGAGAUGCCAGAUUCUAACAGGCGGACAAAAAUGAUUGGUGGGAAGGAAGCCAAACCAAAUCAGCUUCCGUACUUGGUAUCCAUCUAUCAUACAAACCGUAAACACAACUGUGGAGGCGGCAUACUUAACGAUCGGUACAUUCUCACCGCCGCUCACUGUAUUAUAAACCCUAAUACUGGUAAAUUUUUUGAUAUACCGAUGGAAAUCGUCGUAGACACUGUUGAUUUGGAGAACGAUCCAGGAGUUCGAAUCCGAAUUGAAAAGGCUUUCGUGCCUAAAAAUUAUGUUCAAGCAGGCAAUUUUAAUGACAUUGGAAUCUUAAAAUUAAGCUCAAGUCUGGACCUGUCUAAUAAUCCACAACGACAGAAACUGAAUUUGCCAAAAGCAGGCGAUAACUUCGAUGACCAAAUUGCGACAAUUGCCGGUUUUGGGUGGACAGAUUCUAACGACUACAGUACUAUUGGUAAACACCUUAAGUACUGGACGUCGAAGGUUAUUUCCAAAAAUGAUUGCAUAAAUUAUUGGCGGAACGAAGUAAACCAGGAUUAUCUUUGCGCUCAAAUGUUGCCUCUCCCAAAUGCUGCUGCAGUAGGAAUCUGCAAUGGUGACAGUGGUAGUCCAUUGGUCAUCCACGAUACUGUGAUAGGUGUAGCAGUCAUUGCAGAAUGGAAUUGUGAUGAAAGAGUAAAACCAGCCUUGUACACCAAAGUGUCGAUACAUCUCCCUUUCAUUGAAACAGUUCUGACCGGCCAGCAUAACAAUGUUGCCGAGUAUGAUUUUCCUUCUACAUGAAGUGAUAAUCUACGGAAAGAUUAUCAUUGUUUGAUUAAGUGUUUAGUUAUAAACAAAAUAACAUUAAAGAAUUAAAUGUAACAUUAUUAAUUCUACUUUAAAUAAAUCAUAAAUCGAGCUUCAA